UUAGAAUUGCAGUCUGUUCGCCGCAUCAACCAUCAGCCAUCACCCUCACCCGUUCAUUCUCCUUCCAUCCCGCGCGUUCCCCCUGCGCGCUUGUCUUCCCCUAGCCAUCCGCCAUGACGUACUAUCGCGCGCGCUAUCACCCGCUCGAUUCCCUCGUCGAUCUCUCCCACCUCUCCUCCCUGCCACCGCCCGCACACCCCCCCGCGCCCGCCCACAACCCCCAUGCGCUUGCGCAACGGUUCUCCGCCCCCACCUCCCCGUCCGGCUCCUCCGUGCAUUCCGCCUUCGGCCCCUCCUCCGCUUCUGUCAUUCUCCCCCCUUCUUCCGCCUCCGCAAUUCUUCCCCCCCCUGCCCGCGCAGCUUCCGCCAGCGACCACUUCGCGCUGACCGAGCCUGGCGCAGGGGACCCAGGCGGAGGGGGGAAAGGCGGACGGGAGGCGGUGGGAUGGGUGGCGGAACUGUACGCGCAGCGGAAAGGGCACGAGGGGGGAGUGGCGGGGAAAUGGUGUGAGCGAGCGGAAGGGCAGGGAAGCUCCGCGGAGUGGGAGGGAACGACGAGAGCGGCUGAGAAGGUGUGGGGGCCAGGGGAGGGUAGAGGUGGGUCAGGGGGGAGUGGAAGGGGAAGGCGAGGGGAGGAGGGCGGUGUGAGUGGUGAGGUAGAAGCAAUAGCUGCCGCUGUCACUGGUGCUCGCACUGGUGCUUUUGAUGGUGCUGGUGAUGGUGCUGGUGAUUGUGCUGCUGAUGGUGCUGCUGAUGGUGCUGGUGAUGGUGCUGCUGCUGCGUACUCUGCUCCCCCUUCUUCUGCUCCUGACGGUGCUGCUGCCGCUGGCACUGGUGCUGCUGCCCCUGCUGCUCCUGCUCCCCCUCCCAGCACAGGGGGUGCUGCUCCUUCUCCCAGCACAGGGGGUGCUGCUCCCCCUCCCAGCACAGGGGGUGCUGCUCCCCUUCCCGUCCAGCCCUCCUCGUCCUCCGCCUCCUCCUCCCUCGCUGCUGUGCCCGCCUCCGCCUCUCCCUUCCAUUCUCGCACCUCAUCACUCGCCUCGCCUUCCCCUUACACUCCCACCACAACACCCUCUGCUCCCCCCGCUGCUGCCCCCCCUGCUCCCUCCGCUCCCCUCUCUGCAGCACGAGCACCAAAUGCAGCACCACCAGCAGCAGGACCAGCAGCAGCAGCAGCAGCAGCAGCUCCCGCUGCUCCACAGGUCUACACUCACCACUCCCUCUCCCCCUCCCCAUCCGCUUCUGCCCCCACCGCCAUCCUCCCACCGCCCAGCCCAUUUCCCCUCUCCCCCCGCACCUACAUUCCCCCACUCUCCUCCCCGUCACGACCCCAACCAGCCCUUUCGCUCUCCACCUCCCCAAAAUACGACCUUCCUCUCUCCCACUACACCUCUGCUCCCGGCCCCACUACCUCCCCCUUCCCCCCUGCGCCCAGCCCCUCGUCCCACCCGCCCACUGAGAUUCUAUCAGGCGCAGCAGCCAGAGGGGUGGGCAGGGCGGGCAGGGAGGGGGGCAUGGCGCGGGGAGGGGGAGAGCAGUGGCGGGAGCGGGUCUUGGCAGCAGCGGGAGGGGCAGUGGGGGCCGCACCAGCUUCGGCGGCAGCGGCAACAGCGGCGGCGGCGGCAGCAGCAGCGGCGGCAGCAGCAGCGGCGGCAGCAGGGGGUGGGGGGUACAUGAGGAGGCGGAGGGGGGUGGUGGGGCUGGCCGUGGGUGCAGCGGAGCAGGUGGGGCGCUGGUGGCACGAGGCGGACUGCCCAAGGGAGUGGCCGAGAGAGUGGCGGGAGUGGAGGGGUGCGUCGAGGCGGCAGCUCACUGUGCUGGGGUGCUUUGCUCUCGGCUGCUGCGUGCUGCUGGGGCUGCUGCUCGUUCUGGCACUCACAGGCCCCGCCCUGCCCUCCACCCGCAAGUCUGCAUGGGACCCCUCGCCCCUCCCCUCCGCCUCCUCCGCCCUGCGCCCCGACCUGCUCCUGCAUGCGCAAGCGGACUUGGAGCGCCUGGCGGCGGCGGAGCAGGGGGCGUCCUGCUGGGCGCUGCACGAGCGCCACCACCUCUACCCGCCCUCCACGCACAAGCCCUCCGCCGCGCUGCUCAGAGCGCUCAGGGCGUAUGAGCACAUGCACGAGGCAUGUGUGGCGGGCGUGCAGAGCUGGCAGGCGCAUGCGGAGCGGCUGGAGGCGCCAAGGAGCACAUGCAAGUACCUGGUGUGGUACGAGCCUCAGACGCCCCCCACUGUAGCGGCGCGGCUGCUGUCGCUGGUGUCGGCGUUCCUGUACGCGCUGCUCACCCACCGCGCUCUGCUUGUGGACACCACGGGCGACCUGCCCAGUCUGCUGUGCAACCCCUUCCCCCACUCCUCGUGGUGGCUACCCGCACUUCCCGAUCACUUCCGCCUGCACCCGCCGCACCAGGGCGAGUGGGUCAACGGCAGCACCAGCAACAGCUACUACCACCCCCUCAACCGGCGAGACGUGGCAACCAUCUACUUUGAGGCCCAUCGCUACCCGUGGGACGAGCAGUUCUUCUGCGCCUCCAUGCAGCGCCAGCUGGCCCUCAACGCAACGUGGCUGGCCUUCCUCUCGGACCAGCACCUGCUGCCCUCACUCUUCCUGCUGCCUGCCUUCCAGGCACCCCUGCUGCGCCUCUUCCCCGCGCGCGUGGUGCUACAGCCCUUGGCGCGCUACGUGCUGCACCCCGCCAACGCCGUGUGGGAGAGGGUGGUGCGCUCACACCAGGGCCACCUGGGCCACGCCCAGCACCGCGUGGGCGUGCAGCUGGCGGGGGGAGGGAGCGUGGCGGUGAAGGAGGCAUUGAGAGAGCAAGCUCUGGAGUGCGGCAUGGCGCAUGGGGUGCUGCCGCUGCCACUGGCGCCCUCCCAGCUGGCGUCCUUCCUCAACCACUCCUUCAACGCGCGCCAGCUCUCCCUCGCCGCCCGCACGCUGCUGGACGGGGAUGGGGGGGAACGGGGGGAGAUAGGAGGGGAGAGGGGAGGGGAAAGGGGGGGGGGCGGCGGAAUGGCAGGUGCAAGGGAGGGCAAGGAGGCGGGAGAAGGAGGGGGGAAUGGAUCGAGGGAAGGCAGGGGCAUGCGGAGCAGCCCACAGCGCAGGCGGUUUGGGCUGUUUUCUCGAACGAGGAAAGGGGACGCAGGGGCGGUAUCACACAGGGAAGAGGGGAAGGGGGCAGCAAGCAGGGGUGCUGGUGCGGCUGCUGAUGCGACUGCUGCUGGCGGUGGCAGGCACCAGCAGGUGCCUCGGGUGGUGGCAGUGUUUGUGGCGGCGGACAGCUUUGCGGCGCUCAAGUUCUUCAAACGCGCGUACGGGCAGUGGCCCACCGAGGACCACAGUGUGGUGACGGUGCAUGCUGAGGUGGAGGACGACUCAGAGGAGGGGCUGCUGUCAGCCAACCAGAUGGAGAUGGUGCGACUCUGGCUGCUCAGCACAUGCCACGUCAUCAUUGCCAGCCCCACAUCUGCAGCGGGCUAUCUGGCCAGCGGUCUCGGGGGCCACCCGCCCUUCGUGCUCUCGCCCGCUGCCACCGAUACUGGCGCUCACAGCACCCACAGCAGUGAGGGCGGGGCAGCAGGGGGCAACGCGGGCGCAGCAGUGUGUGCGCGCAGCUGGUCGGCGGAGGGCUGCCACCUGUCUGCCCCGCUCUCACUCAUGUGCUCAUCCGACCCGCGGGGGGACGGGUCGGCGGGGGUGCAGGAGCGGCACCAGUCGUCGGACCCCGCCACGUGGCUGCCGUACCUGCAGCGGUGCGCGGACCACAGGCAGGGGCUCACCCUUGUGCCCAAGUUCAAAGUGCCAGACUCGUGACACGAGGCUGUGCUCUCCUGUCCUGUCCCGGGCGAUGUGUACUGGCCAAGAGUAGCGGUGAGAGCACGGCUGGUAGUUGUGGAGAAGGAAGGGGAAAGGGAGAGGGCGUGAGGCUCAACUUGGCAACAUGAUUCGGUUGCGGUUGCGGUUGUAGCUGCUGUGGAUUUGUAAGUUGCAAAAUCCUCGUCAUGUAGUCUAACGGAUUGUGAUGAGAUCUUAGUGAAUGAAAAACCAGAACACUGAAGGAGAACGAGGCAUGUGUGGCGCAUUCGGCUU